AUGGCAGAUAUCUUCGAAUCUGGAAAGCCCUUUCCUCAGCCUGCAGUAGGCUACACUCAACCAUUCUGGCGGACCCAGCUUGACCCCUUGGAUAGCCAUCAGAGUACCCCAGAGCUGCCGAACGAGACUGAUAUUUUGAUUAUUGGUGGAGGUUAUGCCGGCGCAUCUGCUGCAUACAACCUACUCGCUGAAAAUCAGAAUAGCUCCGUGCCAAAGGUUGUUCUUGUGGAAGCGCGUGAACUAUGUUCGGGUGCCACUGGAAGAAAUGGUGGUCAUCUCAGGCCGGAUCUCUAUGCGAUGGCUGCCAGAUACACCGAGCGCUACGGGGUCGAAGCCGCAGCAGAGGUAGUCCGCUUCGAAAUUGCACACAUGGAGGAGAUCAAAGAUCUUGUACAGAAAGAAAAAAUUGACUGCGAGCUGACAUUUACUCGCUCAUACGAUAUUUAUUUAAAUGCGGAUGAGCUCAAAGAAACGAAGCGCUUCGUUGAUUUUCUUACGCAAGAAGGACUGGACUUUAUGGACGACGUUAAAUACCUCUCUGAAUCUGAGGCUCAGACGUCCGCUAAAGUGCGGGGUGCACAAGGAGGCUUCAGCUUUUCUGCUGGACAUCUUUGGCCUUAUAAAUUUAUUGCACACCUUAUUCGGAUUGCCGUUUCUCGUGGACUUAACCUCCAGACAAACACGCUGGUCUCAGAGAUCGCACAUGAUCGUACACCAGAAGGCCUGUGGCCAGUCAUUACCAACCGUGGUACGAUCUAUGCGCAAAAGAUCAUUCUUGCAACCAACGCAUUCACUAGUGCCCUAGCACCCGAAUACUCCAAGGCAAUUAUACCAUGCAAAGGUCUCUGUACGCAUGUUGAAGCAGCUCCCAAUGCACCGUAUGAAAGACUUCCUGAGACAUACUGCAUUCGGCUUGGUCCGGGGGCAGUCAUUUAUCAAAUCUCACGAAACGAUGGGUCAAUCAUUGUUGGCGGGGCUCAAUAUACAUACAAAGAGGCGCCUGAGCAGUGGUACAACAACGCCGAUGAUGGGACAUUGAUUCAAAAUGCUGAGCAUUAUUUCGAUGGAUAUAUGCAACGUACCUUUCACGGGUGGGAGAAUAGUGAAGCACAUGUGAAGCAUAUCUGGACUGGUGUGAUGGGCUACAGCGCAGACUCGUUACCCCAUGUCGGGAAUAUCCCAGGAAAGCCCGGGCAGUUUAUUGCCGCUGGUUUCAACGGUCACGGCAUGCCGGUAGUUUAUUUGUCUGGCAAGGCAGUUGCAAAGAUGGCACAGGACUCAGUCCCUUUUGAGGAAUCUGGGCUACCAAAGUUAUUCCAGACCUCUGCUGCGCGUUUGAACCCAGCCUACGAUGAUACUCUGAAUUAA